CUCUCUCUCUCUCUCCCUCUCCCCGUUUAUCAUCCAACGCUAAAAGGAAAUUGGCAGUUCAGUCUGCUACAUCAGCAGUUUGUCAAAGUGGAGUGUGUGACGUCUAUAACUUAUUUUAUGUCUGAACGGGCCACUCUCUUUUUGUCGUCGAUUGGAUUACUCGGUGAAUAUUGUCCUACAUCUAGAAAAAAGAGUAGAGCUGCUGCUGUUGAAUUUGGAUGCAUGCAUUUUGGAUUAUUAGAGGAGAGUAACACACAUUUCCUUGGUUGCCGGUUUAUGCAACCUUUUCCAAUUGCAAGGAAGUUGUCUGGUAGAGGAGGAUUUCUUGUGUCAGGAGACAAUACCAUUCUGAUAUAAUCCAUCAUCUUUGUCACACCCUUAAGGAUGGCUCUACAAAACAUUGGUGCUUCAAACCGUGAUGAUGCCUUCUACAGGUAUAAGAUGCCGCGGAUGAUUACUAAGAUUGAAGGAAGAGGAAAUGGCAUUAAGACUAAUGUGGUCAACAUGGUUGAUAUUGCAAAGGCCUUGGCUAGACCUGCUUCUUAUACUACUAAGUAUUUUGGCUGUGAGCUUGGAGCUCAAUCGAAAUUUGAUGAGAAGACUGGGACUUCCCAUGUGAAUGGCGCUCAUGACACUGCGAAGCUUGCUGGACUUCUCGAGAACUUCAUUAAGAAAUACGUGCAGUGCUAUGGUUGUGGGAAUCCUGAAACUGAAAUAAUUAUCACUAAGACACAGAUGCUCAAUCUCAAAUGUGCUGCAUGUGGUUUUGUGUCUGAUGUUGAUAUGAGGGACAAGCUUACUACUUUUAUCCUCAAGAACCCUCCAGAGCAGAAGAAGACAGCUAAAGAAAAGAAAGCCUUGAGGAGGGCUGACAAAGAGCAGCUUAAGGAAGGGGAAGCUGCUGAUGAGGAGCAAAAGAAGCUUAAGAAGGAGGCGGCAAAGAAGAAGGCAACAACUGGUUCUAAAGCAUCAAGCAAGAAGAAACCCUCUGGUUCUGAUGAGGAUCGCUCCCCCACUCACAGCCAGGGAGAUGAGAAUGACCAAGCUGCUGAAGAUGACGAUGAUGAUGUCCAGUGGCAGACAGACACUUCAUUGGAGGCUGCUCGGAAGCGAAUCCAGGAGCAGUUGAGUGCGGUUACUGCUGAUAUGGUCAUGCUUUCUACCACUGAAGAGGAGAAUCCUGAGACCAGGACCCAUCAGAAUGGUGCUGACAAAAAUACACAUGGGAGGCUCGUUAAUGAGAUAAAACAAUGCCUGCAAAAGGGGACUUCUGCUGCCCAGUUUAAAUCCUUUUUGGUUACCCUUUCUGGCACGCCCCAAGAGAUUAUGGAUGCCUUGCUUGAAGCUCUUUUCGAAGGCGUUGGAAAAGGGUUUUCUAAGGAGGUUUCUAAGAAGAAAAACUACCUGGCUGCAGCAACCCAGGCGGAGGGGUCCCAGAUGGUUCUAUUGCAAGCUAUUGAGUGUUUCAUUGGGAAGGCAAACCCUGAUGCUGCAAAGGAAGUGGCUUUGGUCCUGAAAUCACUGUAUGACGCCGAUGUGCUGGAAGAGGAAUUCAUUAUGAAGUGGUACCAGCAGGGCUUAGGCGGCAUGAACAAAAGCUCCUUGAUCUGGAAGAAUGCCAAGCCCUUCAUCGAAUGGCUCCAGAGUGCUGAGUCGGAGACAGAGGAAGAGUGAGUGAUGUGGGAUUUCUCUUUUAUAUCGGUAUUUUUAAAUCACUAUGAGACUGUUAAGAGAAUUAGUUGUGUCUUGGAAUAAAGGGGAGUCACUGGACCUUCCUGUAUUCUCACCCUCUGCUUUUCUUUGCUGUUGUUAUAUUUGGUGGUGUUUUAGUCUGUUUGACCAACUAUUGUUCUGUCAAGGGAUAUUGGUUUUCUUUUAUGAGGUUUGGUUAAUGCAUUUGUCUUAUAUGUGGUAUUUUCUUUUU